CAAAUAGCUCCGGAUAACGAAAUAAGCCAAGAAAGAUCAGCUGGAGUUUAAUUUGUCUUUUGAAACAUGGAUCAUCACCAAAGAGUGGAAGUUUAGCACUAAGGUGCUCCCAAAAAGUUUCAAUUUGAGGCUCCUUACUGGCUCCUCUUCCGAAAGCCACUGAAAGGAAGGAGAUGCUGGGAUGAUGCUGGGAUGAUGCCGGGAUGAGGUGGUAUAGGGGAUGGAGGUUGGACAGGAUGAUGUGGUGAGAGAAUGAUGGUGAGAAGAUGAGAAGGGGGAGACAGGAUGAGGUGGUGAGGGGAUUGCUCCCCUACUCGCCCCCUCCCACCCUACUCACCCCUCCCUCCCUCCCCGCCGUGUCAACUGAGUCCACCACAACCACCGUCUCGGGAUUUUGGAUAAGGAGGUGGGCGGCGGUGGAAAGGGGAGAAGAAGACCACAAACGACGAUUUAGCUAUUUCAUACAACAUUGUGAUACGGAAGUCUACCUGAGACACGAGGAACAUUGUCAAAUGACAUCGGUUGUCGUUUGCUUCUUAACAUCGAUCGUGUGCUUGUAGUCCUUUCAGCGGAACCGCUUUCGGAUGUUGGGACAAUUUUGCACCUCCGGCUGGCUAGAAUUCCGCUUGGUGGAUGAGCCGCUCGAUUGGGACUAACUUGGAGCCAACAUGUACGCUGGACGCAAGAGAAGAAAACCGCUUCAGAAGGGAACCAAAGUUACCCCGACCGACGGGGACAAGUCCAACCCAUCUAAGCGGCAUCGGGACCGUCUGAACUUGGAGCUGGACCGACUGGCCGGCUUGCUGCCCUUCCCUGAGGAUGUCAUCUCCAGCCUGGACAAACUGUCCAUCCUGAGGCUGUGUGUCAGCUACAUUCGGGCCAAGAGAUUCUUUUCAGUGGCGUUGAAAAAACAUCUCUCCAAUGGCACGAGCAAAAGUACUGAGCACCUCGACGGCCGGGUGCCGGAACAGACCGAGCCAGAAGGGGAGCUUCUGCUUCAGGCUCUGCCUGGAUUUGUUUUGGUGAUCACAGCGGAGGGAAUCAUUUUUUAUUGCUCUCACACCAUUCGGGAUUACCUCGGCUUCCAUCAGACGGACGUGAUGCAUCACAGCGUGUUGGAGCUGAUUCACGCCGAAGACCAGCAAGAGUUCAAGAGGAACCUGCACUGGGCCCUCAACCCACCCGUUGGAUCCCACUUGGACACUGCAGCAGACGGCGAGCCAGCUUCCCCCUACCUGCUGAGGUACAACCCGGAUGAGCUUCCUCCAGAAAACUCCUCCUUCUUGGAGAGAAACUUUGUUUGCCGCUUCCGCUGCCUACUGGACAAUUCUUCGGGCUUCUUGGCCUUGAGCAUUCAGGGUCGCUUGAAAUUCCUCCACGGUCAAAGUGGAUCUCAAAGUGGGGAAAGUGGCCCGCUUCAGUUGGCCUUGUUUGCCAUCGCCACUCCACUACAGUCACCAGCUAUCUUGGAGAUCAGAACAAAGAACAUGAUCUUCAGAACCAAGCACAAACUUGACUUCACGCCCAUGGCCUGCGAUGCAAAGGGUAAAAUCGUGCUGGGUUACACCGAGGCCGAGCUGCGUGUCCGGGGUUCGGGAUACCAGUUCAUCCACGCUGCCGACAUGCUGUACUGCGCGGAGAAUCACGUCAGAAUGAUAAAGACCGGCGAGAGCGGCCUCACCGUCUUCCGCUUGCUCACCAAGGACAACCGAUGGAAAUGGGUCCAAGCCAACGCCCGCCUCGUCUACAAAAACGGCAAACCGGACUACAUUAUCGCCACGCAGAGGCCGCUGGUAGACGAGGAAGGAGGAGAACACCUGAAGAAACGCUCCAUGCAAGUCCCUUUCACCUUCGCCACCGGCGAGGCGAUGCUCUAUCAAACGGGUAACCCGCUUCGGGACUUUCCGGAAACGCUCAAGGGCAAAGGCAAAUGCAAGAAGGGGAAAAUAGAGAAGAUCUCAGAGAACACGCAUCCAAAGUCCUUACUGGAAGCGCUGAUGAGCCAAGAUCAGUCAGUUUACGUCUGCCAAGCAGAUUCAGAGCCUCGCAGUCCUCUCGGCAACCAGCAAGGGGAGACGGAGGGAUUUGUUGACAGCUGGCAGAUGACGGCGAGAUGUAGCAGCGACGUGUCCGUGUGUGCUCCGCUUCUAGCCACCUUGGACUCUCUUUCUCUGGAUGCGGACGAAAGUUGCUCCAACAGUGAACUCCUCAGUGCUUUGGAGAACCUGGGCUUGAAUGCUGAAGCUCUGGAACUGUUGCUCUUGGAUGAGAAGAUGAUCCAGGUCCAGAUGGAUGACUCUGCACUCCGUGAGCUCACCAACAAUGACAUCACGUCUUACGUUCACGAGUCGCCGGAAACGGCGUGGAAUCGAGAAGAACACGACAACAUUGUUGGCUUUGCAUCCGGAAGUGUCCACGCCAGCGUGCUGUCAGGCGAGAGCUGCUGGACAAAUGAGGAAGCCCGUCGCCGUGACAACCACGCUCCUCACCCUAGUCUUGUCAACGACAUGAUCUCAAGUCACCAUUGGCAACAGGGGAACAACCUGACUUGGUCUCCCGACCCCCAGAUCCUGUCCGGAACCCUUCGGCCAGGCAGACAGACGGCUUUUCUUCCCGACGUGCUGCCGGACCCUGUUGUCUCAAACGUGCCGCAGUCGACACCGAAUGUUUGUCACUACGGACAUAUGACGGACACUGCGCAGCCACGCCCAGCGCAGGUUCCGCAGUCGUACAAGCAGCAGAGUCCAGCUCAGUGUCCUCCACAGAGUGCACCUGUGGAGCUGGAGCAGUUUUUGGCUCUGACGCAGCCUUCGGUCCAGGCCUACAGUCUGUUCGACACCACACAGGGAGACCACGACGAGCUGGAGAACGCUUGCCUCCUCAACGUGGCCAACACCACCUUCAUCCGCACUUGUCUCGUGUCCAACGGGAACAGAGAAGUGGCAGCCAACGUCCCAAUCUCCUGCCCCGAUGGACUCCCAGACACUCAGAAGUCGGAAUUUAUCCUCUGACAAGAAGGUACCAACCAAAUCAAAAAAAAAAAAAAGAAGAAGCAUAUUGCUGCCCCCAACUCACUCCCGGCGUAAUCCGAGCGUCUCGGUUAUGUCACAAGAAGAAGCAUUUGAGUUUCCCAAACGAGACGUUACUGCCUCGUUGUUGCCGAUUCACACUUGGUGCAUAUGGCGAGACCCGGAGAGACAAAGAGACAUGGCGCUCGCAGUCCUCAACAAACUCCACUUGAUGGAUCUCAUCACUCAACUUUCCAUUUUCUGUUUGAGCUAGCCAACCACAAAGGUCACGGAAACCCAAAUGUUAAUGCUACACUUUUGUUUUUGCUUACAUUUUUAUGAACUACAGUAAAAGUUCAUGUUCACGUCUUUUCCACUCAUGUUUUUCUUUUUCCAUCAUCCACGUUGAAAUGACCACACAGUGAAUCAGCAACUUUAGCAUUUAGCACAAAUUCCAAAGCAAAUGUGAAACACGUCAGCAGCGGCUCCGUGUUGAAUGUCACAAAAUGCAUUUAUAUCAAUUGUUCUCGUUUUCUGUAAAUUGACAUUCUUUUUUUUAUAUAUAUCCGAAACCAGUCGUGACGUGCUAUUGUGUGAAACCAGACAAUCACUUCUCAAAGGCUUUAAAAAAAAAAGAAAAAUGCUCUGCAUGUAAAUGUAUGUUUUACAAACACUUGUUAAAAUCACUCAAGUCGUGUGAUAGAAAAAACUGCAAGUUUGCUUUUUUACCGUGGUAACAAAUAAUGAUGGGGAAAUGAAGCUUCAAAUUUGCUUCAUGAACCAGUUGUAUUUUAUUUACUCCUCUAGAUGGCACUGUUGCUCGUUUUCUAGAAAUGCCUAGUCAGUAUACUUUUAACCCAAUGAGUGCCUUCCAGAGGAGUGGAAAAAAUUACAACUGCUUCAUUUCCCAUCACUAGUAACAAGCAAGUACCAGAGUCCAGAUGAGCGACUUUGGAAAGUUACUGUUUAAAAGAUCACCACCUAUCACCUGCACGUUACUUUUGUCUCCGUAGAUGGACGCUAACUACUCCGUAUCGUCUUUCAGUUGCGUGCAAAUAAAAAGCUGGGUGCCAUCACAACCAAA